GCGAAGGCGCGAGGAAGCGGUGGGGCCAAGAUGGCGGUGUGGCGCGCGACGGAGGUGGGGCCGGGAGACCGUGGGGACCUGGGGGCGGUGGGACGCUGACCCCGCCCCCUGCUGCUGCUAGUCUGCGCCGGGUGGCCGGGGAGCCCGGAACAUGGCGACUGUGGCCCGCAGCUUCGGGCCCGAGCGGGAGGCCGAGCCAGCAAAGGAGGCGCGCGUCGUGGGCUCCGAGCUCGUGGACACAUAUACGGUUUACAUCAUCCAGGUCACUGAUGGCAACCAUGAAUGGACAGUCAAGCACCGCUACAGUGACUUCCAUGACCUGCAUGAAAAGCUUGUUGCAGAGAAGAAGAUUGAUAAAAAUCUGCUUCCACCCAAAAAAAUAAUUGGGAAAAACUCGAGAAGCUUGGUGGAAAAGAGGGAGAAGGAUUUGGAGGUCUACCUCCAGACACUCCUGGCCACCUUCCCUGGUGUGGCCCCCAGAGUGCUGGCCCACUUCUUGCAUUUUCAGUUCUAUGAGAUAAAUGGUAUCACUGCAGCUCUGGCUGAGGAGCUCUUCGAAAAAGGAGAACAGCUCCUGGGGGCCGGCGAGGUCUUUGCCAUCAGGCCCCUGCAGCUCUAUGCAGUCACCGAACAGCUGCAGCAGGGAAAGCCCACGUGUGCCAGCGGGGACGCCAAGACUGACCUUGGGCACAUCCUGGACUUCACCUGUCGCCUUAAGUACCUUAAGGUUUCUGGCACAGAAGGACCUUUUGGGACCAGCAACAUUCAGGAGCAGCUGCUGCCUUUUGAUCUGUCAAUAUUCAAGUCUCUUCAUCAGGUGGAGAUAAGCCACUGUGAUGCCAAGCACAUCCGGGGACUAGUCGCAUCAAAGCCCACCUUAGCCACAAUGAGUGUCCGCUUCUCAGCAACUUCAAUGGAGGAAGUCCUUGUUCCUGAAGCCUCGGAAUUUGAUGAGUGGGAGCCAGAAGGCACAGCCCUGGAAGGCCCCGUGACUGCCAUCAUCCCCACGUGGCAAGCACUGACCACUCUAGACCUGAGCCACAACAGCAUCUCCAAGAUUGACGAGUCUGUGAAACUGAUUCCAAAGCUUGAGUUCUUGGACCUGAGUCACAAUGGAGUGCUAGUCGUGGACAACCUGCAGCACCUGUACAACCUCGUGCACCUUGACCUGUCCUACAACAAGCUGUCCUCCUUGGAAGGGGUUCAUACUAAACUAGGGAAUGUCAAGACUCUGAACCUGGCAGGUAACCUUCUGGAGAGUCUGAGUGGCCUGCACAAGCUGUAUUCCUUGGUCAACCUGGAUCUCAGUGACAACAGAAUCGAACAGAUGGAGGAGGUCAGGAGCAUAGGCAGCCUCCCAUGUCUGGAGCAUGUGGCUCUGCUGAACAACCCUCUGAGCAUCAUCCCCGACUACCGGACCAAGGUGCUGGCUCAGUUCGGAGAGAGGGCGUCUGAGGUCUGUCUGGACAACACGGUGACCACAGAGAAGGAGCUGGAUACUGUGGAAGUGCUAAAAGCAAUUCAGAAAGCCAAGGAGGUCAAGUCCAAGCUGGGCCACCCUGAGAAGAAGGUUGGUGAGGAUUGCCGGCUCUCUGCUGCCCCCUGCGUCAGACCCAGCAGCUCCCCUCCCACCAUGGCUCCCAGCUCCGCCUCCCUGCCCCAGCCCAUCCUCUCCAACCAAGGAAUCAUGUUUGUGCAAGAGGAGGCCCUGGCCAGCAGCCUCUCAUCCACCGACAGUCUUACUCCUGAGGACCGGCCCAUUGCCAGGGGAUGCUCUGAUUCCUUGGAGUCCAUCCCUGCAGGACAGGUACCUUCUGAUGAUUUCAGGGACAUGCCUGGAGCAGUUGGCGGUACAGGCCCAGAGCACACAGAGCCAGAGGUCCAGGUGGUGCCCGGGUCCGGCCAAAUCAUCUUUCUGCCCUUCACCUGCAUUGGCUACACAGCCACCAACCAGGACUUUAUCCAGCGCCUCAGCACACUCAUCCGGCAGGCCAUUGAGAGGCAGCUGCCCGCCUGGAUUGAAGCAGCCAACCAGCGGGAGGAGGGCCAGGGUGAGCAGGGCGAGGAUGACGAUGAUGAAGAAGAGGAUGUUGCUGAGAACCGCUACUUUGAAAUGGGGCCUCCAGACAUGGAGGAAGAGAAUGGGGGAGGCCGGGGAGAGGAGGAAGAAGAGGAGGAAGAAGAGGAGGAGGAGGAGGGUGAGGAGGAACGCCUAGCCCUGGAGUGGGCCCUGGGUGCAGAUGAGGACUUCCUGCUGGAGCACAUCCGCAUCCUCAAGGUGCUCUGGUGCUUCCUGAUCCAUGUGCAGGGCAGCAUCCGCCAGUUUGCGGCCUGCCUCGUGCUCACCGACUUCGGCAUCGCUGUCUUUGAGAUCCCACACCAGGAGUCAAGGGGCAGCAGCCAGCACAUCCUCUCAUCCUUGCGCUUCGUCUUCUGUUUCCCACACGGUGACCUCACUGAGUUUGGCUUUCUCAUGCCAGAGCUGUGUCUAGUGCUCAAGGUGCGGCACAGUGAGAACACGCUCUUCAUCAUUUCGGAUGCCGCCAACCUGCACGAGUUCCAUGCUGACUUGCGCUCAUGCUUCGCCCCACAGCACAUGGCCAUGCUGUGCAGCCCCGUGCUCUAUGGCAGCCACACCAGCCUGCAGGAGUUCCUCCGCCAGCUGCUCACUUUCUACAAGGUGGCAGGCGGCUGCCAGGAGCGCAGCCAGGGUUGCUUCCCUGUCUACCUGGUCUACAGCGACAAGCGCAUGGUGCAGACAGCUGCUGGGGACUACUCAGGCAACAUUGAGUGGGCCAGCUGCACGUUGUGCUCAGCUGUGCGGCGCUCCUGCUGUGCACCCUCUGAAGCCGUCAAGUCUGCUGCCAUCCCCUACUGGCUGCUGCUCACACCCCAGCACCUCAACGUCAUCAAGGCUGACUUCAAUCCCAUGCCCAACCGCGGGACGCACAACUGUCGCAACCGCAACAGUUUCAAGCUCAGCCGAGUACCACUCUCCACAGUGCUGCUGGACCCCACUCGCAGCUGCACCCAGCCUCGGGGCGCCUUUGCCGAUGGUCACGUGCUGGAGCUGCUUAUAGGCUACCGAUUUGUCACCGCCAUCUUCGUGCUGCCCCAUGAGAAGUUCCACUUCCUACGCAUCUACAACCAGCUGCGGGCCUCACUGCAGGACUUGAAGACUGUGGUCAUCGCCAAGACCCCUGCAACUGGGGGCCAGUCCCAGAGCCCACUUGUGAGUGGCCAACCCGCUGAGGGCAGGGUCAGCAGUGACCAGCAUCCAACGGACACCCGGGCAGAGGCUAUAGCUCCAGCCCCAGCCCCAGAGGAGGUGCCAGUCCCAGCCCCAGUGGUGGUCCCAGCUCUGGCCCAGGCAGAGGCCUCAGGCCCAGAGGCACCAGCACCAGCAGAGGCCUUGACCCCAGAGGAGACCCCAGCAGAGACCCCGGCUCCAGCCUUGGUGGAGGCCUCAGUCCCAGCGGAGGCCUUGGCACAAGCUGAGGCCCCUGUGCAGUACCCAAGUGAGCACCUGAUCCAGGCCACCUCAGAGGAGAAUCAGAUCCCCUCCCAUCUGCCUGCCUGCCCAUCGCUCCGGCACAUUGCCAGCCUGCGUGGGAGCGCCAUCAUUGAGUUCUUCCACAGCAGCAUUGCUGAGGUGGAGAACGAGGAGCUGAGGCACCUCAUGUGGUCCUCAGUGGUGUUCUACCAGACCCCAGGGCUCGAGGUGACCGCUUGUGUGCUGCUCUCCACCAAGGCCAUGUAUUUCGUGCUGCACGACGGCCUCCGCCGUUACUUCUCAGAACCGCUGCAGGAUUUCUGGCAUCAGAAAAACACCGACUACAACAACAGUCCCUUCCAUAUCUCCCAGUGCUUUGUUUUAAAACUCAGUGACCUGCAGACAGUCAACGUCGGGCUUUUUGACCAGUAUUUCCGGCUGACGGGUUCCUCCCCCAUGCAAGUGGUGACUUGCUUAACUCGGGACAGUUACCUGACACACUGCUUCCUUCAGCACCUCAUGGCGGUGCUCUCCUCUCUGGAACGCACGCCCUCUCCUGAGCCUGUCGACAAGGACUUCUACUCUGAGUUUGGGAACAAGACCACAGGGAAGAUGGAGAACUAUGAGCUGAUCCACUCGAGCCGUGUCAAGUUCACCUACCCCAGCGAGGAGGAGAUCGGGGACCUGACAUUCACUGUGGCCCAGAAGAUGGCUGACCCGGAGAAGGCACCGGCGCUCAGCAUCCUGCUGUAUGUGCAGGCCUUCCAGGUGGGCACACCACCACCUGGGCGCUGCAGGGGCAUGCUGCGCCCCAAAACGCUCCUGCUCACCAGCACCGAGAUCUUCCUUCUGGAAGAGGACUUCGUCCACUACCCACUGCCCGAGUUUGCCAAAGAGCCGCCACAGAGGGACCGGUACCAGCUAGACGAUGGCCGCCGCGUCCGGGACCUGGACCGAGUGCUCAUGGGCUACCAGACCUACCCGCAGGCUCUCACCCUCGUUUUUGAUGAUGUGCAAGGCCACGACCUCAUGGGCAACGUCACCCUGGACCACUUCGGAGAGGUGCCAGGAGGCCUGGCCAGAGCUGGCCAGGGCCACGAGGUCCAGUGGCAGGUGUUUGUGCCCAGUGCCGAGAGCCGCGAGAAGCUCAUCUCACUCUUGGCUCGCCAGUGGGAGGCCCUGUGCGGCCGGGAGCUGCCCGUUGAGCUCACUGGCUAGCCCAGGUUGCAGCUGGCUCUUGCUGCCCUCUGUGGCCAGCCUGGCGUCCACUCAGUGCAGGGAAGCAGGCUUUCUUUGUUCUUUUUAAAAUGAUUUCUCCUCUCUUGGUACCUUCAUUUGACUGUCCUCCCAGAGAAUGUGAACAUCUAUGUUCAGUCGAUUCUUUCUAGUCCCAGGAGUGAAAGGGCCGGCUCCUCAGGGGCCUCCAGGUGCCAUCGGCCUCCUGUGGACCUGUUGCCUACCCCUGGUGGUGUGUGGCCAGGCAUAGCAGUGUCAUAUCUUCUGUCAUAGGACCGUUGUCAACACAUGGCGUCGUGGGUCCUGUUUACUCUUUCACGUGUCUUUUCCUGAAACGUCAAGCCCAGUCUUGUUGAUGUUGCUGUCGUGGGCGUUUGCUGCUAACCGUGAAGCUGGCAACAAAAUGCACAUUGAAAGUUCCCACCCUGUGCAGUUUUCCAAAGUGGAAACUUCUGGUCCAGACAAGUGGGAGAGCUCCGUGGGGGGCAGGAGCCCCCCAGGCCUGGGGCUGAGAGGGAUGGGGGCUGGGGACCUAGAGCUGCCAGCACUGGUAUGAAUUCUGUUGCCUAUUUUAUCUGUUCCAAUAAAGUAGAGUUUGGCACA